AUGGCGAUUGAUGAAGCGAGUAACAGCAUGAUAUUUGACUCUCUGCCCUACUACGACAACGACCUGGAGCAAUUUCCUGUUUUGAAGGAGAAAGUAGAGAAGGAACUAGCCCGCGAAGCCAAACCAUCACAGACUUUGCAUCCACGCGUCCCUCCACCUCCAGAACUUUUCACAAGUCAUCCGCUGCUCGAAGCAGAACUCGCUCGCAUCGAGUCUCAUCAACCGCUGCCGCCACUAGAUACCACGCGGCAUCAACUGCCAGGUCCCCAGAAUCCAGAAAAUGAGGAGGAGUGGAGGUCCGCUCUGAACAAUGCACGCGCCCAACUAGAACAUCAACGACUCCGGCAUGCCAACCUUGCUCUUCUACAACAAUAUGGUCCCAACUCGUGGCGGAUCCAUAACUACCUUACGGACUCCACCGUAAAUAACAUCGAGAAAUCGUUGGAAGAGCUGAAGAAUCUGACGACUGAAGUGAACCGCGAGCGGAAGAAUGCCCAGACAAGGAUAGGCACUCAACUGACAUCGUUAGAAACACGAUGGACAGAGCUCAUCUCCAAUAUACUGCAGAUCGAGAUGGCCAAUGUUGCUUUGGAGGCCGAGAUCGACAGGCUGAACAAAAGCGAGGCUGAGCUCUCAGCUGGUCUCUGA